GUCCUAUAGUGUCACCUCUCUCUAAUUAAUUUCUUCAUGCUCUUCCUUUCUUUCUUCCUUCCUUUCUUUCCUUGUGUUGGAAAUCUUUCAAUUUUCUAGAGGCCUAUUAUGUCACAUUUGGAACUUGUAACCAGCUGCAAGAAAAGAAAACGAGGGGAGAAGGUGUUCAGAUUCAAGACAUUUGGUGAACAUGGGUAUCCAGUUGAGUUUGAUGGAUCAUUUAGACAAAAUGUUCAAGCACUUCUCGAAUUUGGUUAUUCUGAGAGUAAUAUCUGUAGUGGAAUUCCAAGUUGGUCUUUUCAGCUUGAAGUUAGCUGCCACCCUCCUUUCCAUAUCUUGUUAUUUGUCAUUGAAGAGCCAAUUGAUGCUUCUCUUGAUCACCACUGCAAGCAUUGCCUUUAUGUUGGCUGGGGGCACCAUCUGAUUUGCAACAAAAAGUAUCAUUUUGUGCUGCCAUCCAAGGACACAGUCAUUGCUUUCCUGAACUGUGAAGGCAACUUUGAUGAUACAAUUUCAGUGAGGAGUAAGAUCAAUAUGGUGGAUUUACAAGGCCAUAUCUUGCACGGUGUAUUUCAUUCUAAUGGAUUUGGACAUUUGCUAUGUGUUAAUGGAAUGGAAGCUGGUUCCAACUUGGCCGGACGGCAGAUCAUGGAAUUCUGGGAUCGUUUAUGCACUGGAUUACAAGCAAGGAAAGUGAGUUUGAAUGAUAUUUCACAAAAGAGAAGCAUGGAACUGAGGCUACUCCAUGGCAUUGCAUAUGGGGAGCCUUGGUUUGGACAGUGGGGUUACAAAUUUGAGCGAGGAAACUUUGGUGUCACUCAACCAAUCUACCAAAAGGCCAUAGAAUCUAUUCAAGGCAUGCACUUAUCUAUACUACUACAUUAUCUUGCCAAUUCUAAUCAUGAUCUUCCAGGCAUUAUGUCUAGGUACCAAACACUAUCAGACUAUUCAUUGGCCACACUGGGUGACCUUCUCCACUUCAUGUUCGAGCUUAAAGCUCGACUUCCUGAAGAAAAGUGUAUUGAUUCCUAUAGCACAGGGAUUGCCAUGGAACCUACUUGUAGAUGGUCUCCCAAGCGAAUCGAAAUGGCAACUCGAGUAAUCAUUGAAGCCCUGAAAAGAGCUGACUUUAGGUGGGUUUCAAGGCAAGAAGUAAGGGAUGCUGCUCGUGCAUAUAUUGGUGACACAGGGUUACUAGACUUUGUGCUCAAGUCACUUGGAAAUCGUAUAGUGGGAAACUAUUUAGUUCGCAGGAGCUUGAAUCCAGUUACAAAGGUUUUGGAAUACUGCUUGGAAGAUGUUUCAAAUGUAUUUCCUGCCCAAGAAAGCUUGAGCAUUAACAAUUCUAAAGUGAAGGGUAGAUACAAGAUAACCAAAUCUCAAGUGAUUAGGGAUAUCUACUACUUUUAUAAAUAUAUCCUUAAAGACCAAAAGCAGACUCUCAACUUGGGAAUUUUUACUGCAAUACAAGCUGCUGCAAGGAUAAUUCUUGACACUAAAUUUCUUGCCAAAGAUUAUCAUAUAGAAUUGCCUUCUAGAAUUGACUUAGGACUAGGAGGGAAACUGAAACUCUACUGCACAGUCGUUUUAAGAAACGAUGAAGAAACCAGUGAAGGUAUCAACAAGGCAAUGCCACCAUUUGAACGUAUCACAAUGAAAGCUAAUGCUACUUUUGAUGAGCUUAAGCAAGAAGUGGAAAAGCAUUUCAGUGAGCUAUACUGGGGAUUGAGAAGCUUCAUUGCAGAGUCGAUACUGAACCUGAAUACAAAUGGCAGCGAUCUAGUAUUUGGACAAGUUGAAAUGGGUCAGAAAAUCGUGGUCGAAGGUAGCAAUAAUGAGAGAGGGAUGAUUAAUCAGUUGAUAUAUGAAAGUGGUCUUAAUAGCAAAAUUUUCGAUUGCCCUUGUGGAACCAAAGAUGAUGAUGGUGAAAGGAUGGUAUCAUGUGAUAUUUGUGAGGUUUGGCAGCAUACCAGAUGUGUUCGGAUCCCAAACCAUCAAGAAAUCCCUCAUAUAUUUCUCUGCAGUCGGUGUGAACACGAAAUCACAAUCUCACCUUCUCUACCAUAGCAACACUCAGUUUUUCGUUUUCCUAUUCCUUUUAGUUCUUUAACCAUAUUGUUGAAGCAUAUUAGAAAGAAAGUUGAAGUGGUAACAGAAAUGUGCAUAAUCAGGCAUCAAUUUUAUCCAGCAGCUGAUAUAUAAUACAUCACUGCUUUAGCAACUACUUUACUCAAACAACAUACAAACUUCUCUUUAAUAGUGCGCCUUUCUUUUGGCAAAUUACAUUACUCCAGUACCACGAGCUCAU